AUGUUGGUCUCGCUCACCGUCGGCAAGGUCGACGCCGGCGUCACCGUCCUCUUGACCCCUGACAAGCGUUUAAUCGAAUUCCCCUCCAUCCUCCUCCCGCCCAACAUCGCCUCGGGCUCCAUCGUCGACAUCACCGUCUCGCGCAACGCCAAGUCCGAGACGGCGGCCGAGUCGCGCUUCUCCUCCCUGCAGGACCAGAUCUACAAGGCCUUCGGGGCCUCUGAGCCCUCGACGCCGGUCCUGCGCUGCCGCAAUGCCACCCAGACCUCGGUCGUGCUGGAGUGGGACCCCAUCGAGCUGGCGACGGCGGACCUCAUCUCGCUGUCGCUCUACCGCAACGGCCAGAAGGCCGGCAACAUCCCCCGGCCCCUGCACAUGCACAGCACCAAGAUCAGCGGCUUGGCCGUCGACACCGAGUACUCCUUCUACAUGAUCCUGCGCACGAGCGCCGGCACCUUCCGCUCCGACGAGGUCGUCGUCAAGACCCACAAGAUGACCGACCUGUCCGGCGUCACCAUCACCACCGGCAUUUUGCCCGGCGCCGUCCGCGAGGGGCUCGCCAGGGCCGUCGACCGCAUCGGCGCCAAGAUCGUCGACGGCGUCCGCAUCGACACCACCCACUUCGUCACCACCGAGGGCAGGGGCAUGGCCUGGGAGAAGGCCGUCGAGAUGAACAUCCCCGUCGUCCGGCCCGAGUGGGUCGAGGCUUGCGAGAAGAACGGCAGGAUCCUCGGCGUCACCAAGUUCUACCUCGACGCCCUGAGGCCCGGGCCCUCCGAGACCGAGAGCCAGCUGGACAGGCCCGCCCAGCCCGAGCCGCACCAGGACAAGGCGCUGCCUCCUGAGCCGCCGGCCGAGAAUGGCGAGGCCAAGGACGCUGCCGAGAAGAAGGACGAGGAGAGCAGCGAUGACGGGGACGAAGAGGAGGAGGACGACGACGACGACGAUGAUGGUGACGAGAAGGCUGAGGACAAAGCAAGAGCGGCUGGGGACGAGCAGAAGAUGAGGCUCGAGGACAAGGAUGCCCAGAAGGUGGCCUUGAGACCAAAAGAGAGCAGUAAGACAGACCGAGGCGAUGACGGCGAAGGAGAUGAAGACGAGAAACCGGCCCCGAGUCCCGGUGAUGGCGCGAGCUUUCAGGAUGUAGCAUUGUAG